AUGGCUCGUCCACGCGGAAAACUGCACAGAGCGACAGAACCAGUUACCCCGAGGCGGUCUGCGCGUAAAACCAGAAGCUCUCAACAGGAUGAGGCCAUACCAGACAUUUUCCAGGACAUGCUGCAUGAAGCCCAUGUAGCCGAGGCAGACGAGGAUGAUCGGCCUCGCAAGAAAAGGCGCACUGCGCUCUCUCGGAAAUCUCAGAGCCCAGUUGCUAAAGCUGGCCCUGUUCAGACGCCGAUCCGGGAUCCUGUCCCGCCUUCACCUUCACGUCCUGUAAUCACGGCUGCCACGCCAUCCCAGAGCCGAACGGCUGCCGAACCCAUUGCUGAAAGUGAAGGCCCUACAAAUGUACGCAUGCGUCAGACAAUCGAGGACUCUGACGAGUCAGAUGAGGACAGUGAUAUGGAAUGGGAGAAUGCCUUGGAAGACGUAGAUGAUAGCGAUGAUGCGGGCGAGGGCAAAGAGGCAGCGUCUAAGAUUGGAGAUAUCAAUAUUGCGAUUGGAGGCAAGAAAGCUGCAGACACAACAGUCCAGAGAAAGGUUCGUCGAAGAGCCAUCACCUCGGUCGACAAGAAGCGCCGUUUAGACAUUCACAAAAUGCACAUUAUGUGUUUACUCUACCAUGUCCACCGUAGGAACACGUGGUGCAAUGACAGAAGGGUACAGAGCACCUUGCGAAAGAUUGUAUCACCUUCGAUACUGGCAGAUCUUGUACCCAAUCCCGAUCUCACGCAAUAUUCAGCAUCCAGGCGGUUUGUGGACGGGAUGAAUGAGCUCAAAUUGCUCUGGACAAAGCGAUUCAAAAUCACCGCGCGAGGCAUGUACAAACCACGAUGGGCAGAUGCAGAAGCCGACGUCCGACCCUUCUCUGAUUUUGACGAACUGGACGAUCCAAUGGACAAGGACGACUUUCGAAUUGCAGCAUUCACAUUGCGAGGCUCGCAAGAUGUCGGAACGCAAUUGUUCUGUGCCCUGCUUCGUGGUAUUGGUAUCGAAGUGCGCCUUGUUUGCUCACUGCAACCCCUUCCCUUUGCCUCCGCUGCCGAACGCACCACACCACAGAAAGCCUCUCCCAAGAAUACAAUAACCAUUGAUCCCUACAACAAGCCCUCACAAACCACUCCUACAAGACCAAAAGGCAAGAAACUCUCUCGUAUGGAGCGCGUGAUGGGUGAACGCCACGCCGUACUCCACAGCACCGGUGUAGCGCCAAAAAAGCAGAAAGCAUUUCACGCCCCAUAUCCUGUCUACUGGGUCGAAGCCUUCAAUCAUGCGCACCAGAAAUGGGUUCCCAUUGACACACACUCAACUUUUACCGUCAACGCCCCCGAAAAACUCGAGCCUCCUCUCGCCUACACGCAAAACAGUCUCUCCUAUGCCAUCGCCUUUGACGAAGAUCACACCGCCAAAGAUGUGACUCGUCGUUAUGCCAAAGCAUACAGUGCCAAGACACGAAAGUUUCGUGUCGAAUCCACGCCCGGUGGCGAGAAAUGGUGGAAGCGUGUAAUGAAGUUCUUUGAGCGCUCCACAAUACUUGAUAGAGAUCAAAUCGAAGACGCAUUGCUUGCGCGUAAAGUAGCUGCGGAAGGAAUACCAAAGAAUGUGCAAGACUUCAAAGGGCACCCAGUUUAUGUGCUCGAACGACAUCUGAAGCACAACGAGGUCAUAUAUCCUCUGGAACCGGUGGGCAAGGUCAAUUGUGGCACAAGCAUGAAUCCGAAAAUGGAACCCAUCUACCGCCGCUCAAACGUUCAUGUCGUGCGCUCAGCAGAUAAAUGGUAUCGCAUGGGCCGGGAUGUCAAAGGCGGGGAACAGCCUCUCAAACACGCAAAGCCUAAGAAGAAUCGGCGCGUCUCCCUCGGACCUGAUGCAGACGUUGACGAAGAGGUUGAUGAAGCAGGGGCGGGUCUGUACGCAGAGUUCCAGACUGAACUGUAUAUCCCACCUCCAGUAGUCAAAGGCCGUGUACCACGCAACGCAUACGGUAAUCUGGAUCUAUAUGUCCCAUCAAUGUGUCCAGCAGGCGGCACCCACAUCCGUCACAAACUUGCCUCGAAGGCUGCGCGCAUCUUAGGUAUCGACUCGGCGGACGCAGUAACAGGUUUCUCCUUCAAAGGUCGCCAUGGCACCGCCAUCAUCCAAGGCGUGGUCGUGGCAACAGAAUACGCAGAUGCAGUCACCGCUGUUAUCGAAGGUAUGGAGUACGCGGUCGAGGAAGCAGAGGCCGCGGCGAAGAGAGCAGAGAGCCUGAGGCUGUGGAGAAGGUUUUUCUUGGGAUUGAGAAUUGCGCAGAGGGUUAAUGAUAUUGUGAUUGAUGGGGAGAGGGGUCCGCGGUUAGAUGUGCAGGAUGAGAUUGCAAAGGAGGAUCGGAAGCUUGCUGCACAGGAUAUGGCUGGCGGGUUCUUUCCUGAUGAGGGGGAUGCUGGGGGCAUAGAAGGGGAAGGGUAUGAACCGCCAACUAGGAAUUAUGAAGGUGGUGGUGGAUUCAUGCAUGAUGAUGCCAAUGAAGGUGGAGGGUUCGUGCCAAAUCAAGGCCCAGAUGAUGUGGCAGGUGGCGGAUUUGUACCAGAGACUCUAGAGCAGCGUACGGCCCCUGGCAUGAGCCGCGAGUUCAGCUUCGAGUCUGCGAUUCUGGACUCUCAGGCACUACGGCCGCGACGACGGAGUAGCUUUGGCAAAUCUUACUCCUCGGACGAGGAUGGUGAGGGUGGGGGUUUCUUACCUGGAGACUACGUCCUCGAUGAUGACGAUCUGGCGGAUCAUCCAGGUUGUACCGAUCAAACAGAUGGUGCCGUCGAUGAUGAUGGAGGCUUCGUACCGAAAGAUCUGUCAGACAAGGACGUCGACCAGGUUGACGGCCAGGAUGAAGCUCCGCCGAGUCCCCAACCCGCUGUGAAAGAAGACGACGUCAAACCAGAAGAUGGUGCAAUAACCAGCAAAUCACCCACACCCACUUCUUCAGCGUCAGAAACCGGAUCCCUCCCCCUUGAAGAUCCGGAAGACGAAGACGCAGAUCCCGACUGGUUAGUUGAUGCCACGUGA